UCCAUAAACAAGGGAAAUAUCUUUUUUAAAUCAAUUGAUCGUUCAUUCACCGCUGAUGUUUUUACGGUGUUAUUAUAAGAUAAUAAAUAAAUUUAAACGAUAAUUGCGAAAUAAAGGCGAUUGUGAUGCUCAGCAGUAUUUAAAAUUAGUGCAAUAAAAUUAUCAGAAUCAAUGUUCUAUGCUAAAAUAUUGAUUGGCGUUGUAAAAGCUAUCUUUGUGCAAUCUACCUGCAUCGUAGAAAAUAUUUUCGUGAAUAAUUAUCUUUGACGGGACAAAUAAGAUACGUUUUAAAUGGACAAUGUAAAGUGUGUACGUAUUAUUGCGUAGUACGUAUGUUUACUUGUGAUUCAGCGGUUCUCCCACAAGGACUGAAGAUAUUUUGGUAAGUAUCGUUCUGAUGACGUAACGAAAGACGUGAAGAAUGACGUCGUUCGCUAACCUGACGCAGUCGCUUGCAUCGAGCCUGCCAUCGACGUCUACGGCCAGCGGCUCUGGUCACAGUUCCAACGACCAGGAGGAUCCGCUCGCCAUGACGCACAUCAUAUGCAACCUUCUCGAGAACAUGAAUAAACCAUCAAGCCUACAAACCGGAGCAUCCACCUCGGCAUCGUCCAGCAUGCCUUACGACAUUUGGGCAUUGCCGGCGUGCAGCUCACUACAGAAUCCACUCGGACCCAUCAGUCGUGAGUACAACGUUACCUCCAAUAACAACCAUCAGCAUCAAUCCAAAGAAGACAACUCGAGCGGCUCUCCGGGCACGUCUUCGUCUGUGUCCAUCACCUGCUUCCGCUGCGAGGAGCGCACGCCGACCACUCGCUGCCUCGAGUGCAAUGAUCUAUUUUGUCAUGAAUGUUGUCACAAAGUGACGUCGGACUGCCAACUGAGAGAGCACACGCUGCUACCCAUACACCAGAUAUCACCAAUCGGUGCCAGGCCUAACUCGGUGAAUAACGAGAAGGAAAUCAUGUUCUGUGAGAUACACGGUGAUCCUGUAAGAUAUUACUGUGAACCUUGCAUCAUCUUUAUAUGUCAAGAGUGCACGCUAUGGGUGCAUAAAGAUCAUAAUUAUACGCCCAUUAAAGGAGCUCUUGACAUGUGUCGUAUUGGUGUGUUUAGGGCGAUAGAAGACACGAAGACGGGCACUAAAGCAAUAAAAACAGCUAUAGAUCGCGCUGUGGCUAUGUCCAAAGCCUAUGAGAAGGAAACGGCUGAGGCGAAUAUGAAAAUAAGAAAGGCUAUGCGAUGUUACGCCCAGGCUAUCGAAGACCGUGAGAAAUAUUUAUUGGAUAAAGUAGAAAAGAUGCGUCAAGCUAAAAUGAACGAAUUAACAGACCAUAUGAAUACACUAAGAGGUAUUCUAGCCGGAUUGGCCCAUACAAACGAGACUCUAGUACGCAGUAUGGAUUCUGAAGGGCUCGACCUAUUUAUGGCUAAAGAAAAAGGAAGAGCUCAAGUUGACUAUUUUUCUUGCAUGUUUAAAAACAUGUAUGUGACCGAGGAACGAAUCGUGUUCAUCCCUCCUAAUUACGACUUAGUGGAUCAGUUGAAAAGACAGUGCGACGUACAAUCGGCACCAUCUAGUUCAUUGCACUCGCUCAGUUCUACAUCAUCGAUACAAUCUCGCCAGUCGUUAUUAUCGCUGCAGUCACUACAGUCGGCGCAGAGUUUUCAGCAUCUCAAUUAUAACAUGUCCGGAUCCAGCAGCCUGAGAUCAUUACCAGAUUAUACUGGAUCACAUACGCGGUCAACUAAUUAUUACGACCACAGCAUUACAUCAAGUUUAACCAUGGAUUCGAAUCCAGCUCGCGGUAUUGGUCAAGCGAUACCCGGGUAUUGGAUGUCGGUGUCAGUGAGGCCUACAAGAAGCCCUGUUCCUGGAGUACCCAUGUUCUCAUUUGCUCGGGAAGGACAGGACGAGGGUCAAGUGUCCCGGCCAUGGGGCCUUUGUGUAGAUAGAGAAGGAAAUAUCAUUGUUGCCGAUAGAAGAAAUAAUCGUAUUCAGAUAUUUAGUAAUAGAGGUGAAUUUAAGACAAUGUUUGGAUCUAAAGGCACAGGACCUGGAGAAUUUGAUCUUCCAGCAGGUAUCACCACGGACACAUACGGACGCAUCAUUGUUAUAGACAAAGAUAAUCACAGAGUUCAAAUAUUCACAUCUUCUGGCAACUUCAUUCUCAAGUUUGGUUCCUUCGGCAAGGAAUGUGGACAGUUUCAAUAUCCUUGGGAUGUUGCCGUUAAUACCUUAGGUAAUAUUGUUGUGACUGACACGCGUAAUCAUCGCAUACAACUAUUUACCAGUGACGGAACUUACAUAACUAAGUUCGUGUUUGAAGGUGCUAACCCGGCUAAAAUGCUCAAAGGACCAACGACUCCUAGAGGUGUGUGUUUUACGACAUCGGGCAAUAUUAUAGUUUCGGACUUUGAAAAUCAUCGUCUGUUAAUGGUGGACCCUACAUUGUCUAAAGUGCUACACUGUGUGGGUCGUGAAGGUUCUGGAAUCGGUGAACUUAACCGCCCUUCGGGGAUAGUGACUGACGACGACGGACGUAUCAUAGUCGCCGAUUCCAAGAACCACCGAGUGUUAGUGUUUACGUCGGAGCUGCGCAUCCUGUGGGCCGUGGACCUGAAGAGCCCCGGCCUGGACGACAAGGACCGGCCGAGCGACGUGGCGCUCACGCCCGAGGGCUACCUCGUGGUGCUCUUCGAGACGCUGCCCGACACCGCGCGCGACAUCUCCUCCCACGGCAAGCAAUACAUCAAAGUAUAUUAAUUAUAUUAUAUUAUGUACCUAAUGUUAAGGCCAACUAAGUUCGUGGACCUAAGGUCCGCCGUAUUUUAUUUUGUUUCGUUUUAUUUGUGAUUUAUUUGAGAAUGUGCCAAUUUUAUUAUUAACGUUUGGAAAAAUUCAAUCGAGCAUAGCUUGCGCGGAGAUAUAGUUUGCCCAUUGACGUAAGCGCCGAUGUGCACACCAUGCUCUCCAUGAGUCCUGAUGUAUUUUUCGUUACCAGUACUUUGAUUUUCGUUUCCGUAUUUGACUAGUCUCUAAGGACCAAACAAUGUUUGCAGUGUAAUUUACGAUGUAAUUUAGAUGCCGCAAUUAUAAAUAGCUAUCAUUAAUCUGUAUAACUGUAGAACAACACCAAACUCAUAGUCGGUGCACUAAAUAUUUAAUGUCGAUUACUUAUAAUGUACUCUCCGGUCCGAUCCCUGCGAUGUAUCGCUAAUAUAAUCGAAUAGAGAAAUCGUAAAGAUAAACUAUUAUAGAGAAUCACAAUGUGAUGUAAAAGAUGUUUUUAUGUGAGAUAAAUUAAAGGAUAACUUGAAAAGUAUUUUUCCACAAUGUUACAUUUUGCGUUUUUUAACUUGGUUAAUUAAUUAAUGCAGACGUUGAUAUGUAUUUUUAUGAUAAGUUAUUUUGCAUAAUGAUUUAGGUGCAUAUAAUAUUUUAUAGUAGUUGGGCGCGCGGCGAUGGGUGCGCUCGCGCACUGUCGCUCGUCUUCCUUACGUUCGUAUUAGUUACUUCUUAUCGCUCGAUGGCUUCUUCUGUUUGUUUUCGUGGCUUGAUACGAUGGGAUGAGAAAAUGUAUGGAUGAGCAAAAAUCAAUGCAAUAAAACUUUAAGACUGACUUUAGAAGACUGUCUUAAAGAUGUUGAGUUGCGCCGGAGCCGGCGGCGGCGGCCGCGGCUCGUGGUGUGCGGUGUCGCGCGUAACAAACCAAAAUUCUAAGUAUUAUUGUAACACUCGGCAAAUAUACGAACCUUCCUCGUUGGGAAUCUAAGCUGAUGAUCCUUUCGUCGUAUUUGCUUAUGAGACGUGAUAUUUUUAUUUUCAUACGUAAAAUGUGAAAGUUUUUUUAUUUUAUAUUUCGUAAUUUUUCUUUAUGUCGCAAAACUUUGACUGCCGGCUUGAUCGGGUUAAAUACGUUAGAAAUGAAUUAGGAUUGAGUAUGACGAUGGCAUGGCGCUCUAUUUUAAUUAUUUAUUUACUUUGAUAUACAAUAUUGUGGCAGUUGUCGGUAUGAGGUGUCGGUACGGUUGGUACGGAGCCCGCGGACUACAGUCGGGUAGCGUCGUGAGUGCGUGCUCGCACAGGCUCGGGCCGCGCACUCUCACUCUUAGCUAAUUUAUAGAUAAUAAUCUAUAUCUAAAUUAUGAAUUAUUUUCAAUUAGUUUUUAUUCGCGUGGUCGUAUACAAAAUUUCGUAUUAGUUCAAAUAUUAUAGUGAAAUUCUUUUUGAAUAAAAAAAAACUAUUAAAUUGAUAUGAUAUUUUUCAAAACGUAUGUUAGGUAACUUCGAUAUAAAAUCCCUAUGUGUUCAGUCAGUAUGUGUUCACUUAAUGUAAUGAAUUGUUAGAUAAAUAAUUUAACUGUAAGUUUAGUUGCAUGCGAGACGGUAAGUCGACACUCGAGUAACGUUGUAUUAGAUUGUGUGCACUGUUUCUCCCGUCAUGGUUUUCAAUAAUUUGACACACUUCCCUAGCCUGGAUCUGUUACCGUAUUCUAUCAUACUUAUAUUAUUUUUUUCUAGCCUCAAGUCUCAAAAACAAUGUCUGAUCUAAGUUAUCCUACAAUUUAUCGUUUGCAAACAAUUUGCUGUUAUGAAAUAGUUUUUGAUGAAAUGUAGUUAGAGAAUUGUUCAGAUAACACAGAUUGUGUGAAAACCAUGUAUAUUAUACGGGAUUUAAUCUUAUAUUGUAUAAUAUCUUGUGUCACUAUCGAGAGCUGGGUGGGGGGAAAGCUUUUGUUCUCAAUGUAAUGUGCGGUAUGCCUGUGGCUUUGAUUGAGCCUCGAGUUUAAUUUCGUGCUCUGCCUCGCGCCUCGCCUCGAGGCAAGCUUAUGUUUGAGAGCGUUUCCUUUCCGAGCAGGCUUCGAAAUGAGCAGGGGGUGCAUCCGACUCAAACAGAACCCUAAAAUAUUCGUCGCCAUAUUCGUUUUGCAGAAUGCUUUCCUCCAUUAAGCUUUAGAUUCGCGUUAUAUAAUACUGUUACAGCUUGUUAGACCCCAAAAUAUAUAUAAGUAAAUCAAAUUUAUAGUGAAUUGAAAUAAACUAAGCUUCACUUAAUUGGAAAGGCUUCCGUGGACAAACUAUGCUUGCAAGUAGUAAGUGUUUCAAUGUGCCCUCAUUAUAAUAGCUAAUUGUAUUGGGCAGUUGUUUGGAGGCGCAGUAGCAGCUCGUGAUUGUGUCGACUAGUUGGGCUUGUGUCGCCAUUACUGCCGUGGAUAUGGCCGGUGAAUAACUCUCUUGCUCCGAAUUAGUACUGAGUAAUUCCUGCGCGGCGUAGUUUGUCCGGUGGCCCUCGUUAUCCCUUCGCGGUAAUUUAGCUCGUGUAUUGCGUAAUCAACGCUAGGACUAUCUCCCAAUAAACUAAAUUAAUGCAUAAUAAGUAAGUUAAUAUACGGUUAGACAUACAUUUUCACGUUUGUACUUAGGAUUAUGGUAGCGUAAGUCUUCUAAAUAUUAUGUGGUAUUCCUAAAAUUCGAUGCUUCAAACAAAAAUUUUCUAGUAACGGAGUGGACAGUAGAAAUAAAUUAAGGUACUGAUAAUUAUAGAUAACGUUGACUGGAAUAUGAGUCUGAAAUUAAUUACUUAAGAUGGGAAAAUUAUUGUUUGAAGGACUACGUGUCACAUGAUGUCGGUAGAUAUAAUGUCGGGUGCGUUUUAUUUAUUCGUGGUGUAAGAACGCAGGCGCAGGUACGGCUUUCGCAUUUCUUAGCAGUCUUUCCCUUUGAUAGGAUAAGUAAACAAAUAUAUUACAAAUAUUCUUGUUAUACGGUACACUGUGUGUCGGCAGCGCCUUAAGCCAUAUUUAACGAUGCAGCUUGUAAUAAACCCAUGUCCUUUUGCAAAGAGGAUCAAUACUUAAAAAUAUAUAAUUAAUAUCUAGAAGCAAGUCGCAAAUGUGUAACGUUAUAAAGAUUUAUUCAGAAGGCUUCUUUAUAAAAUGUAGCUAGCGUGGGAAUCUUGUUACGCUUUGUAAGACUUUUAAUGAUACCUAAAUUUGGUAUUCGUUAAUGGUCACAGAACAAGACGCUCCAAUGUGCAGUUUCGUGCAAACUGGCCUAAAUUCAAUACAUUCGCCAUAUUUUCACUUGCAGUUUAGUCAUGAUUCAUACUUUUAUUAUUUACCUGUAUUCACUAUUGCAAGGUUUUAGAAUUCUCUUUUUGUUUUAGCUAUCAGAAUUCUUCGGACUUGUUUUUAUUACAAGCUGCAAACGUUAACUUCACCUUAACUUUUCUACUAAUUAUAAUCACGUUUAUAUUCCACUUAAAGUGAAUUUAUUCUUAUCCAGCAUCUGUAGUUUGAAGCAAAGCUUCUAUUAGGCUAAGUGCAGACAUGUGCGACAUGCAACGUACCUAGCGAACGAUCGCGGAUGCUCGACGAAUGGAAGCGACCAUUACAUUACUAGAUAAAUUAAUCGAAAUGUGAAUGGAAUGGUUUGCUUCAAAUACACAAAUACAAAACCAGGUCACUGCCACUAAGUUAGUAGGAUAUGUUCGUCCAACGUCCCCUGACAUGUUGCGAUGCAUGUUGCAUAAGUUCGUACCCAUCAUAACUUGUUGCAGUUAACGCAUACUAAGUGUACAUAAAUAGACGUAACGUUAUUUUCUUAUACAGGAAUGUAAAUAAAAUAGUGUGAAUUGUUUACCUUAAUAUAAUAAGAUAAUCACGUACCUAUAUUGUAACACCAAGUUAGUUGAAAUAGUCUAGCGAGAGCCGUGCCGAGCGACGCGUUAUAGUUAGGUUAAAUAUGUGCAGUGUCUUGCGUCUUAACGGUGUUGACGAAUUCCGCAUAUGAAUUAAUAAUAAAAUAUUUAUCUUUUCCAGUAAAUAAGUGAUGGAAUUAACGUUUACUUUUUGUUCAGUGCCAUUAUUAAAGUAUUACGUUAUUUUUAAAAUAAUGUGUUGCAUGAAAUGCAUUUUUUUAUCAUUAUUAUAUACUUUCAAUAUAUUUCUUGAUUUUGAUCACAGUAUGUUUUUUAGCCGACAACGAAUCUCAUAAUUAUAGUAGUAACUGAUUCUAUUGUCGUUCGAAACUUAGGUAACGGGUUUGCAAAGCAACUCCCUCCAUCAUGCGCGCUGCACUCGUAGAGUGCGGCGGCGUGGGUGAACAAAGUUGUACUGGUCCGUGCGGUGCUGGCGGUCCUCGCUGCCAGCACCCACCGCUGAUGAAGGGUAAAUACGCGCUGAUCUUUGACCACACACAUAACUACAAGUUACCUAUGUUUGACCUUAUACACUUCAUCAUUUCAUCAGAAAAGUCGAGUAUUGGUAACAACGAGGCCCGAGGUCGUUUUUUUUAGAACUGAGCUGAAAGCUGCUGAAGCAUUACUUAAUUUUUAUGACUGCAUUUAAUUUUGAUAUAUAAUUUGGUUAUGUUUUAUUUAAAAUUGUUUUGUUACUCAAAUGAUUCUGUGGAUAUUUCUAAAGUAUGUUUACUUAGUUCCAGACUUAAAGAACUGCAACCAUGUGCGCACACUGACCCUGUGCUCCAUAUUUUACUUAGCGCAUACACUUUGACACAUGUCAGAACUAAGUAAACACACUUGGCAGAUAUCACACAAUCUGGAAGUAUUUAGUCGUGAAGCGAUGUGUACUUUGUGAGAUCUGCUAGCUGCUAGCAGUAUAAUUGUGGUUUUGUGAUAAAUACAAUAAAAUUGAGAACUAAAGAUUAUUGGAAUCUUAAUGAUAAUUUUUGUACAAGUUUUUGAUGUCUAUCACGACUAUUGUAAAAGCAUUCGGAACAUUUCAGCAGUUGAGACACGUCACAACGUUGUGGUGAGAGGUGUGAGCGAACUGAGACGCAACACUCAAAAGUGCAUAAUAAUAAUGAUACAAUUAUGAGAUUUUAGCGAAUGUAAUAAGCCAUUUUCGUGCUAUUUUUGUAACUUUAACUAGGAGCUUGUGUUGUGUUAGUCUUAGUGUAGGUAAUUAUGUGCAUUCAUCUUCCCUUCGCGAGUGUCCCUAGAAGGUCACUUCUUACAAUCGGUAACGUAUACACGAGUCUGAGAGAAAUAUUCAAUUAACAUGACGAGACGUCACACGAUCCAGCUGUGACGGUCAUCAACCAGACUUUUCUAUUCGUUACACCCACACACCUAAUGCACAAUGUCCACUAGCGAGCUUCAGUCCACUGGCGCACGAGAGCGACAAAUUGAAUAGCUGCGAGUUAACUAACUAGAACUGCCAAAACGUCAACUACCGUCAACAAGCCAGUAACUCUAGCUAGUGUGCAUCGUGCAUUAGACUGUAUGAAGUGAUGUUCUCUUGUUUGAACAGUUUCCUCGAGAUGGCACGCUGGCACGUUUCACCGUCGGCAAAGGGUGGGUGAAUGAUAUUGUCAAUAUCAAUGUGUAACAGUAAGUAGUAUUUUUGUACACGUGGCUCGCGGGGCGCCGGGCGCGGACUCCGCUCCCAGCGUCCCGCGAGGCGCUUAGUGGUGUUCAAAGAUCAACCAGAAACUACCUCUUUUUUGUAAAGUUUUUAAGACUGACGGAAUUAAGUAACCAUGAAUGGUGGAAAUGGUGGUUUGAUCACCGCUUUAGAAGCCUGUUGUCUACUAUUUUAUUUAAUUUUUAGUUUCUCUAGAUCGUAAUGUUAGAAGCGUCCAUAACACUGUCACGUUUAGUUCGUCUUGAGCAAUUGCAUAUACAUAUAUUCAUGUAGUGUAGUCCAGCUUACAAAUUGUCAUAGCGAGUGGACAACAGUCUUAUUCUAUUAUAAGUGACCAGCGGAGAUAGCUGCGGAGCCGUCUGUGAGCCGCGUCGCCGAUCUGCGGCGAUGUGUGGCGCGCGGCUCUCAGACCCGCGGGGCUCGCAGGUAUUCCCGCUGGGGUAUAUUAUCUACCUUAGCUUACGUAAUUAUUGUAAUCAUCUCAAAUGUGUGUAAUGAGACUGAAUUUUUUUAGAUCGUUCCUAUAUUUUAAUUUAGACUAUUUUACUGCCUACCGUAUUUCAUUUACAUUAUUUUUACCUUCGGUACAUAUUCAUUCAUCAUUACAUUACAUUCAUCCUUAUAAUCCUAUCAAUUUAUGUACGACGCUAUAUAAUGUCAAAUUUUUGAAAUUUUUUAAAUGAAUUUUGUAUGAGAAAUUAAUCAAGUGAUUGAUAGAAAA